UGAACGCGCCCGUGCCCCGUGGUCCAAAUACUUGAGACAGUUAGAAAGCAGAUAGGGAGACCGCCGGAGAAAGAAACACUUGACUGGAGGUAUAUCGGUCCAGCGGAGGAGUACGGACAACGAGACCACGGUCCAGAAACAACAGUGAGUCUGUGCUCUGUGGGAGGGUCUGGACAGGAGCGGGACGUGAGCGCUGACGGUUUGGUGCAGUCGGGCGCAGCAGGGGGGCAGAAAGGGGAGCGCAUGAGGAGAGGGCGUCCCGAGACCCCCGUCUCCACACUCCGUGCUCUCACACACACGUUCACGGACACACCGCGCCUUGCAAUCCUCCAGCCGCCAUGAGGUCCAUUCGGUCGUUCGGGAACGAUGACCGUCAUGUCAUGGCCAAGCACUCCACCAUCUACCCUUCCUCCGAGGCCCUGGAGGCGGUGCAGAGCCUCGUCUCCACCGUGGAGCGCGCCCUGAAACACGUCUCUGAUUGGAUGGACCAAACUCAAGCCAGCCAAUCAAAUCAACCAGAUUCAUCCAGCACACUGGAGGACGGGACGGAGGCCAGUGCAGACGAAUCACCAGAAGGCAGCACAAACGAGGACAGCAGCUGUAGUGGGGGUCCCAGUGAAGGACGGGUGUUGUGCGGUGUCAUGAGGAUCGGUCUGGUGGCCAAAGGCCUCCUGAUUAAAGAUGACAUGGAUCUGGAGCUGGUGCUCAUGUGCCGAGAGAAGCCCAGCGAGACUCUGCUGUGCACCGUCUGUGACAACCUCCCGCAGCAGAUCGAGAAGUUGACAGAGGAGAAGUAUGAGGUACAGAGCUCUAUUCCAGAUGCCGCCAUCUUGGUCCGCACCACAACAGACCCCAAACUCACUCUGAAGGUGACGCUCACCUCCCCACGGAUGCAAGAUGAUGGUGAGACGGAGGAGCAAGAGAGCGUUGAGUCGAGCGAGCCGGCGGACCUGUUGGAUAGACAGAGGUGCCUGGUGGCGUUGGCCUCUCUGCGACAUGCCAAAUGGUUCCAGGCUAGAGUUAACGGGCUAAAGUCGUGCGUGAUCGUCUUGCGAAUACUGAGAGACAUGUGCACUAGAGUCCCUGCGUGGGAACCUCUGAAAGGAUGGCCUUUGGAGUUGAUAUGUGAGAAGGCCAUCGCCACGUGUAACAGACCUCUGGGAGCAGGAGAGGCUCUGCGGAGGGUCAUGGAGUGUCUCGCCUCUGGCAUACUGCUUCCAGGUGGACCAGGCCUGCAUGAUCCCUGUGAGAAGGAGCCGACGAACACCUUGUCGUCCAUGACAGAUGAGGAGGCAGAGGCCAUCACAUACAACGCACAGCAUGCUCUGCGGCUCAUGGCCUUUGGGCAGAUCUAUAAGGUCUUAGAGAUGGACGCUCUUCCCUCAAGUAAACCUUCACAGAAAUUCCCCUGGUCAGAUAAAGAAGGUCUAGGGCUGAAGAGACCUUAUGAAGAUGGUCUGCUGGAUGACAAAGACCUCAUCAAGAAGAUGAAACGCAACCUGAGAAAAGCAGUCCUUGACAGUAAAGCAAUAGACUCGAAUCAGCCCAUGAACGCUCUGAUGCGCUUGAACCAGAUCCGGCCGGGGCUGCAGUAUAAACUGCUGUCUCAGUCAGGUCCGGUUCACGCCCCCGUCUUCACCAUGUCUGUAGACGUCGACGGCACUGUUUACGAAGCCUCUGGCUCCUCGAAGAAGACCGCCAAGCUGCACGUGGCUGUGAAGGUGCUACAGGCGAUGGGUUACCCCACAGGCUUCGACACAGACCUGGACUCCAUGAGUGCAGACGAGAAGUCGGACGGGGAGGGCAAGAGCGAAACAUCCACACACUCAAGCAAUAACACAUCACACUCCUCAGACAGCUCCAACACAUUGGAGGUGCGAACUCAGGGUCCUAUUUUGACGGCCAGCGGGAAGAACCCAGUCAUGGAGCUGAAUGAGAAACGCCGCGGGCUGAAGUACGAGCUCAUCUCAGAGAGCGGAGGAAGUCACGACAAACGCUUCGUCAUGGAGGUGGAAGUGGACGGGCAGAAGUUUCGUGGCGCAGGACCCAAUAAGAAAGUAGCCAAAGCCAGCGCUGCCCUCGCGGCUCUAGAAAAACUCUUCUCCGGGCCUAAUGCUGCUGGCAACAAGAAGAAGAAAAUAAUCCCUCAGAGUAAAGGGGCAUUAGCUGCUGCUGUGUCUGCGGUGGCGGUCCAGGCAGCACGAGGGCGAGGAAGACCCACCCUCACGCGAGGAGCCUUCGUCAGCGCUGCGGCAGCACCUGGAUACGUCACACCAGGCUUCGGAGCCCCGUACGGGUACAGCGCAGCGGCCGCCACUCCUGCAUACGGUGGUCUUUUCAUUGACAAUCCCUUUUACCAGCCGCGGACCAUCGCUCCUUUUUUUAUUCACUUGGGUCCUCAAGAUCUCUUCUCUGACUUCUAGAACCAUCAGGUUGUGUGGCUCUAAACUGUCGUACCACUCCAGGCUUGACCAGGCUGUCUCCACUACACAGAAACAGCCCAAACUUCAUACACUCUCCACCAAAACCCAUCCAUACCCAACCUAAGGAUCCAAAAACGCACCAAUCUUACAAAAGCAAUACUCUAUUUGACUUGCUCGUCCCGAAAACCGACCGGGGACUUCGGUUCCUUCUUAUAUAGCAAUACACUUGAACUCUUUUGGGCUUUAAGCUUACUUGAGAUGUGAAAUGUUCGGUUGAGUCUUACUCAAACUUGGCAUUGCAAUAUAGUCAUUUUCAUUGUAUAUUCACCACAUGUGUAUUUGUGGCUAUAUUAUAAAUACAUGCAUAUAUAUGUAUGGUCUAUGGCACUAUAAAUAUAUAUGUGUAGAUAUACCUAUGUA